GUUCGACCACUGCGAGCCAGUUCGACGGUUCGACCACUGCGAGCCAGUUCGACGGUUCAACCACUACGAGCCGGUUCAAUAGUUCAACCACUGCGAGCUGGUUCGACGGUUCAACCACUACGAGCUAGUCGAGCACUGCGAGCCGGUUCAAUAGUUCAACCACUGCGAGCUGGUUCGACGGUUCAACCACUGCGAGCCGGUUCGACGGUUCGACCACUGCAAGCCAGUUCGACAGUUCAACCACUACGAGCUAGUCGAGCACUGCGAGCCGGUUUGACGCUAGUUCGACCACUGCAAGCCGGUUCGACGGUUCAACUACUACGAGCCGGUUCAACGGUUCAACCACUACGAGCUAGUUCGACGGUUCAACUACUACGAGCCAGUUCAACGGUUCAACCACUGCGAGCUAGUUCGACCAUUGCGAGCUACCGGUUCGACUACUGCGAGCCGGUUCGACGGUUCAACCACUACAAGCUAGUUCGACCACUGCAAGCCGGUUCGACGGUUCAACUACUACGAGCCGGUUCAACGGUUCAACCACUACGAGCUAGUUCGACGGUUCAACUACUACGAGCCAGUUCAACGGUUCAACCACUGCGAGCCAGUUCGACCAUUGCGAGCUAG